AAGCCAGAUUCAGGUUAUUUUAAUACUCAUAUUGAAUAUGAUGAUUAUUUCAAAAUUGGCAGAAAAAAUUCGUGGAAAGGCAAAUUUUUUUUUUGUCUUCCAGAGUUUUGGUGUUUGCUGCCGCUUGUUGGCUUAUAGACAGGAGAUGACAAAACAAAUACUGAGAAUCUAUGAAUUACUACCUCCAAGUUUAUCAGCUUUUAUUUCCCUUAAGAAUUCAUACAGUUACUGUUGUGAUUUGUUUAUUGCAUACCUUUUGGUUCUCAGAUUUUUUUGUUAUAUAUUCAGAAACAUUUAGUCAGAGCCUAAGAUACAGUGGGCAGUUGUGCUCAUUUGGGGCCUGUAAAGAAUAAGAUUCCAUCCCUUCCUGCAGAUAACUGAGAGUUUAAAUUGGAAAUGGGAACAAAAAGGAGUUGGCAGUGAUCAGUUCUUUUUGGGUAUGAGGAACGGGAAAGACUUCAUCGAAGAAGUGAUAUUUACACUGUUUUAAAAGAUGAGACAGGCAUUCAUUGGGCAGUGGGAAAGGCCCUCCUAAUAAGGAAGAACUUUGUGAACAAAGCAGCAAAGGCAUCAAAAGGACUCACAUGUUGUUUAUUGUGGCCAGUAGUGUGUGUUAUGUGAAUGAGGCCAUCACGGGAGAUGGAGCCAGGGAGGCAUCAGGGAGCAGUUCCAGAGUGGCUUGCUUUCUGAAAAGAACUUUCAACUUUAUUCCUUAGGCAGGAUAGAAAACCAUUAACAAUUUUUAAACCAAAAAACAGCAGAAUAACUGGUUCUGUGGAUUUUUUGUUUUUACAGAAAACUCUAUGGUAAAGGAGGAUAGAGUGUUUGAAGCUGUAAGUCUGGAGUAGGAAAACCAGUUGGAAGAUUAAUAUAGUAAUACAGGGAAGAAUUGAGGGCCUGAAGUGACUAACACUAUAAAAAUAGAGACAGGAAGAAGUCCAUCUCUAAAGAAACUUGGUGAUGAUUGGAUUGAGGAGAAGAAGGAAUUGAGAUAACCUGGUUUGUGGCUUGUGUGAGCAGGUGGACAGGAUAUGGAAUAUUAUCUUGUGAAAUGGAAAGGAUGGCCAGAUUCUACAAAUACUUGGGAACCUUUGCAAAAUCUGAAGUGCCCGUUACUGCUUCAGCAAUUCUCUAAUGACAAGCAUAAUUAUUUAUCUCAGGUAAAUAAAGGCAAAGCAAUAACUCCAAAAGACAAUAACAAAACUUUGAAACCUGCCAUCGCUGAGUACAUUGUGAAGAAGGCUAAACAAAGGAUAGCUCUGCAAAGAUGGCAAGAUGAACUCAACAGAAGGAAGAAUCAUAAAGGGAUGAUACUUGUUGAAAAUACAGUUGAUUUAGAGGGCCCACCUUCAGACUUCUACUACAUUAAUGAAUACAAACCAGCUCCUGGAAUCAGCUUAGUCAAUGAAGCCACCUUUGGUUGUUCAUGCACAGAUUGCUUCUUUGAAAAAUGUUGUCCUGCUGAAGCUGGAGUUCUUUUGGCUUAUAAUAAAAAUCAGCAAAUUAAAAUCCCACCUGGUACUCCCAUCUAUGAAUGCAACUCAAGGUGUCAAUGUGGACCUGAUUGUCCCAAUAGGAUUGUACAAAAAGGCACACAGUAUUCACUUUGCAUCUUUCGAACUAGCAAUGGCCGUGGCUGGGGUGUAAAGACCCUUGUGAAGAUUAAAAGAAUGAGUUUUGUCAUGGAAUAUGUUGGAGAGGUAAUCACAAGUGAAGAAGCUGAAAGACGGGGACAGUUAUAUGACAAUAAAGGAAUCACAUAUCUCUUUGAUCUGGACUAUGAAUCUGAUGAAUUCACAGUGGAUGCAGCUCGAUACGGCAAUGUGUCUCAUUUUGUGAAUCACAGCUGCGACCCAAAUCUUCAGGUGUUCAAUGUUUUCAUUGAUAACCUCGAUACUCGUCUUCCCCGAAUAGCAUUGUUUUCCACGAGAACCAUAAAUGCUGGAGAAGAGCUGACUUUUGAUUAUCAAAUGAAAGGUUAUGGAGAUCUAUCUUCAGAUUCUGUUGACCACAGCCCAGCCAAAAAGAGGGUCAGAACUGUAUGUAAAUGUGGAGCUGUGACUUGCAGAGGUUACCUCAACUGAAUUUUCAGGAAAUAGAGCUGAUAAUUAUAAUUUUAUUUCCUAAUGUUGACAUUUUUAAAAAUAUGUAUUUGGAACUCUUAUCAAGAUUAUACCUAUGUUAAUUUACAAUUCAUGUUUCCAAACAUUUGCCAAAUGUAUUACUGAUGCCUCUGAAGAGAGGGUCACUGGGUCUCAUAGACUGAUUUGAAGUCUACAUAUUUAGUGCUUAGAGACCAAACUAAUGGAAGGCAAACUAUUUACAGCUCCAUUUAUAUGUACUUAAGUCUAUGUGAACAGAGAAAUGCCUCCCGCAGUGUUUGAAAGUGUUAAGCUGGUAAUUUAAUAAUUGCUGAGAGAUCAAACAUUCAACUUGCCAUACACCUCAAAUUUGGAGAAGUAGAGUUAUUGGGCAAAUUUACCAGUUCUGUUUUUGCUACUAUAUUGUCAUUCCUGUUUUAAUAUUCACUGUACGUGUAUUUGAGAUAAAUAGGUGAUACUGAGUUUUAUACUCUAUUUUCUACUUUUUCAUUAAAAUAUUGGCAUCUCAAUGAUACAGAAAUUUAAGAUAUACAAUUAAAUGUAAAAAUUAAUUUCAGCUUCAUUUCAUAUUUUGAAGCAGUCUAGAGUGUUGUGAAGAGUGUAUGUCUGAACCUGUAAUUCUUAAAAGACUUCUUUAUCUUCUAGAAGAAAAAUCUCCAAAGAGCUCCCUCUACAAGUCCAGAAUGGCUAGCUGUUAUGCGUCUUUGAAAGGACAGGAUAGUGGGACCAGGAUGGUUUUUUGGAGUACCAAGCAAGGGAAAUGAAGCACUGUAAGGGCGCCUCUUAGUAAUAUGAAUUAGGAAAUGUGUCCAGUGCCUCUGGUCUAAACAGUAAAACAAGCUACCUGGAGAGCAGCUGUACCUAAUAAUACUGUAAUGUACAUUAACAUUACAUCCUCUCAAUUUCAAGCAGGUGUAACAGUUCCUUUCCACCAGAUUUAAUUAUUUUUAUAUUUUCUGCAUGAUGUUCUUAAAAAGUAGUCUAUAUUUUUGAACUGAUACUUGUGUUAUACAUGAAUUUUUUUAGAUGUGAUAAAGCUAAACUUGGCCAAAGUAUGUGCCUGAAUUACGAGACCUUUUUAUUAGUCAACCUAUGAAGACUAAAAUAGAAUAUGUUAGUUUUUAAGGGGGUGGGAGGGUUCCGGCAUAGUAUUGAAUCUCAAUCAGGAAAAAUCACACUUGUCUGAGUCUGAGAUUUCUAAUCGUGUUGUCAGAAGUGAAGGUAAGUGCAGCAAAUAAAUCUAGCUUUCCAGUAUUCCUAAUUUUUACCUAAGCUCAUUGCUCCAGGCUUUUUACCUCAAAUAAGCUUGGGUAAAAUUGAACCGACUUCAAGAAUGCAGCACUUUAUAAUCUUUACCUUUUUCUUGGGAGAAGCUAGACUUUAUUCAUUCUAUUGCUAUCACAACUUUACUUUGUUUACGUGUUUGUAGCCUCAGAGUCUGUUAACCAAAACUGCAGAAUGGGGGCGCUGGGCAUGGUGGCUCACGCCUGUGAUCUCAGCACUUUGGGAGGCUGAGGCGGGUGGAUCACCUGAGGUCAGGAGUUUGAGACCAGCUUGGCCAACAUGGUGAAACCCUGUCUUUGCUGAAAAUACAAAAAUUAGCCAGUCAUGGUGGCCUGUAUUCCCAAGCUACUGAGGAGGUUGAGGCAGGAGAAUCACUUGAACCCAGGAGGCGGAGGUUGCAGUGAGCCAAGAUCAUGCCACUGUACUCCAGCCUUGGUGACAGAGUGAGAGUCUGUCUC